GAACGGACGGACCAAUGGGAUUACUUCGCGCUGCGUGAUUGACAGCGCGCGGCUCCACCCCCUUCCCGUCACCGCCUCUCCCGCUGCCGGACAAAAUGGCGAAUCUAAAGGAUGAGCUUGGGCGCUCUAUGGACUUGACAAGCGAAUGCUCCCUCUCAGACCUGGGCUCUGAUGACAUGUGGAGUGGCCGUUGCAGCGGUGGUGGCGGCGGCGGCAAUGGGAGACAUGAAGGCCUGUACUGGCAGUUUCUCGUAUCGGACCGGCACCUGGGCUCGGCGGCUCCCACAGGUGCCACAUCCGAUGCCGCCCCGUUCGACGGCGCCUCUACCGUGUCGUCGUACUCGACCGGGCGGGAACCUCCACCUGUGCGCCACCGCGGAUCGCUCGCCCUGCAGCACUGCAGUGGGUGGCACGCAGCGUCGUGCGACACGAGUGUUGCCAGCUCAGAGUGCAGUGAGGAGCUGCUCUCCUCCGUCUCCGCGGGUGACCAGGAGCCCGACGACGGCCUAAUGCUGCCCGACGACCUGCAGGGAAUGACCUUUGACCUGUUCGGCGAGGGCAGCGUUUGCAGCGAUGUCUCAUCCUUCUUCGACUGGUCCGACAGCGAGAUCGACUGGCAGUUUCCAUGUGGGAGUGACAUCGCGAGCGGCAGCGAUGCCAUGUCGGACGUCGUUCCCAGCAUCCCCGGCUCUCCCCGUCCCAGUGGACGUGGCAGGGGCGGUCGCGCUCGGAGGGGCAGGGGUAGACACCAACGCAACCUGGAGGAACUUCCCUGGAGCGCCAUGACCAACGACGAACAGGUGGAGUACAUCGAGUACUUGAGCCGGCGCGUGAGUGCAGAGAUGGGCCUUCGCGAGCAGCUCGACAUCAUUCGCAUCAUCGAUCCCGGAGCCCAGGUGUCGCCGACGGACAAUGAGUUUAUCAUUGAGCUGAAUUGCCUGACGGACGUCAAGCUGCAGGAAGUGCGCAACUACAUCCACCAACGGUGCGGGGCGCCGGCGAGCCUGCGCCGGCCGCGCUGGCGGAAGGGGCUCCUGGAGGGGGGCGGUGCAAGUGCAUGCCAUGGCAGCGCCAGCAGCACGAGCAGCGGGAGCAGCGUCAGCGGCGCCGGCUGCUGGACGGGCGGAAGCAGUGCUGGCUGCAGCAGCUCUGGCGGUGGCGGCAGCAGUGGAGUGGGGGGCAGCAGCGGCUUGAGCCGCAGCCACAGCGACGGGAACCUGUCGGUGUCGGCCGCAGAAAGGAUACGUGACUCCAAGAAGCGAUCCCGCGAGCGCAAGCUGCAGCAGAAGGCGGCGCGUCAGCAGCAGCUGAAGGGGCAGCGGCAGGCGCGCAAAGAGGAGCGAAGUGGCCUUUUCACCAAGGAGGAGGUCCUGUCGCUCAGCGUCACCGAAGAAGACGACCCCAGCGACGUGGACAUCCUGUCCUAACGUCGCGUCGCGCAGCCCGACCGCUCGUAUCACUCGCUCCUUCGCCCGCCAUUCUCUGCACCGCAUCACUACUCUGAAUAAAGGUUUUUGGGUAGUAAGGUUUGUCAUGUAAACAAAGCGUGCCAAUCAGUUGCUACUUAAGCCCACCGGUGUGUUGGAGAGUAAAUCCACAACAUUUUCAAUUACCCAAAUUGUAAAUGUUACUGGCUGUGUCGGUUGGUGGAGGGUUAUGACACAUUUUUACUUACGCGAUAUAACCUAAAAACCUUUAUUAUGAAUAAUAUUGGUCGCGAAAACCUACGUGUUAAAAUCACUACUCUGCCAGCCUCGCUCAUGCGUUUGUGAUAGAGGUGUAACGAUGUGUAGGUUCAUGGAUUAAUAUGACAUGUCCGGUCCUUUUUUCAGUCCUCUGCUUGAUGAGGGCCUCCGCACUCCUUGUGCACGUUGUUAUUUGGCCAUACUUCACCACACUGAUCAGUGCAAGUGAGUGGAGGUGGGGAGCACAGAUGUGGAAGCAUCAAAAUACAACUUAUUUUUCUGCACUGCCCUCUGCUGCUCACCACGUAACCUCACAAGCCCUAUGACAACCUUUUAAUUGUGCAUGUUGGUCAACCAUCUAAGCAUUAUCCAUGUUCACCCUGCUUAGCUUAUGAGACCUGACAUGGAUGAACCUGGGAUAUUUGAUCAUAUUUUCAUUGACUAAUAUCAAUACUUAAUAGCUUGUGAUUUACACAUCCAAUCGCAUGUGCAAGAAUCAACGUUUUUCUAUUCAUAUUCAAACUAGUGCCCACAAUAUUCACCAAUGUAAAAAAUAUAUACUCCUGAAUUAAAGAGUGACGAUUCUCAACAAUUCAUCAUUUCCCUUGGGCAGUUUAAACGUUACACCUCUAGUUAGCAGAAACAUUUUUGUGCAUUUUUUUUGCAGAACAGGCUGUUGAAUUUAGAUGGAAAUUGUUUUCCCACCAACAACACAUCCUUUCCUGUUUGGAUAGCUGCUACAUUGUGUCUUCACAUCCUGUCAUUUUUUAAUUUAGCAUCCCUUCCCCCCCCCACCCCACGUUCUGCAGCCACAGUUGGGAAGAGCGGAUGUGUUGCCGGUGUGGGUCGGGAGUUGUUAAUAUUAGUUAAGCUUGUGCAACUUUUUUUUAGACGUUAUGAAAUGAUCCGCGAUUUAAACGGCGCUCAACCUCAGUAGUUUGCGACCAAAAUCACAUUUCAAAUGUGUGUUUUGUUUAAAGGAAAAAAAAAACAGCACACUUGCUGCAUAGAAGAGUAAAUGUUUUUUAUUUUACUUAUUUAUUCAUUUUCUUGCAAGUUUUCAUAACAGCGUGCAUACAUAUACAUACUGUAGAUUACUACCUUGGCAGCAUCAGUUCCUGCAAACUGUUUUUGUUUCAAUGCUUUAUAUAAGUGGUUUGUGAAUAAUGUGGUUGUAGCAAUGCACACCCUUAUUUUUUUCUUGACAAAGUUCCACGAUAAUGUCUAAAUGUUAAAAUGCAUACCUGUGUACACAUUGUAAGAGAAAUGAAAUAUUUACACGCGUUGUGCUGCAGUCGGACAUUGCAAAAAUUGUAGAUGUGUGCUAUACAUAAAUUUAUACGUUUGUGACGCUGUACUUUGCUUGUGUGAACAUACUACCGCUCGCCUCCCUUUAUUAAGCUGGAUCCAACAACACACCCGGGUGAAAGCAGAUAAUGCACGAUACAAUCCCAGGUGCUGAUGCAGUUUAAAUGGAGAGGUUAUAUAGCCAAUGUGAAUCGCCAAACCAAUCGACAACAGGUGGCUUGCUCACAACUUAGUAACUUUUGUGAACAGUAACGGCAACUUAUGAGUGGAACGGUUAUCUUUUGUGUGAAGCCAUAUUAUCUCAAUUGGACUUGGGUGGUUCACUUUGUUUAUUUGAGUUGCUGAUCGAAUGUUGAAACUCGUGUUUCCAAUGCUUGAAUUGUUUGCUGAAUUUUUCACGGACUGAUUUAUAUUGUCUAGUAGUGGCGUUGGGCGAGCGUCAUUCAUGCCUGGCCUCCUUUGUCUCCCCAUUGGUUAAUUGAAAAUCGGCACCAGACGCUGCCAAUUUCAGGGCUAGUCGACCUGGGGUGGGUUUUGGCCAUGUUCAGAUAUCAACGCAGUGAACUAAUCACCACCGUAUAAAAAAAAAACUCCACAAACGCGCAGAUAUAUUGUUGAUAUGUACACAAUGCAUGUUCUUGUGUAACACUUUUUUCUUGCAAUAGAGUUGAGUUUAUGACUCCA